AUGAAUAACUCUACAGUAAACUUCACCAUAUCUGAAACAUCUACAAACUCCACAACUCAAUCCAUUGGGAUACUGGACAGUCUGAACAUUUGUGUCUACAUCAUCACUUUCCUGUUUGGUCUUCCUACACACUCCUAUGUAACAUGGCUCAUCAUCAGAGGAACAGGAAGUAGAGUCACAUCAGAGUUCUUCAUCCUCAAUCUGUCUGUUUGUGAGAUUGGUAUCUGUCUGAAUAGUUUUGUACAUGCAAUGUUAUAUUGGUUAUCAAGUCACCCAACAUUGAAAUUUUUUUUUGUAGGACUUACGAUCACUGGUCGUCCUCUGUUUCAGUGUCUGAUGUGUGUUGAGCGUUACCUGGCAGUGGUUCAUCCUAUAACUUUUCUGAAGUUCAAACCCCUCAGAUAUAGAGCGAUCUGUUGCACUGUGGUCUGGAUAAUUUGUCUUGGCUCGUGUGUGGUCUGCACGUAUACUUUAGGUGAUCCGGUCAAGCAUUUAUAUGCAUGGUUCUUCACACUGCAGUUCCUUCUCUUCUUCUCCAUCCAGUUGUUUUGUCUUGUGGCUGUUCUCAGAGCUCUGAAGCAGUCAGGACCAGGAGAAAGAGUAAGAGAGAGAGAGGAUGAAAACCACAUGAAAAGAAGAGCGUUUCAUCUCAUUCUAAUAAUUACUGUGAGCAUGGCUAUUACAUAUGGCCCAUAUGGUCUGUGA